AUGAAAAUUGUAACAGAAAUUACAAAUUUAAUUAGAGGGAGAAAUAAAUCACUGUCUCAUAAAACAUUUCGAAAUUUCUUGGAAGAUAUUAAUGCGGCAUAUGGAGAUUUACCUCUGCAUACCGACGUACGUUGGUUGAGUGCUGGAAAAUGUUUACAACGGUUUUUCACUCUAAGAAAUGUAAUUCCAGAAUUUCUGAAAAAUGCGGUUCAAAAAAAUACAACGGAUAUUAAAGAAAAAUUUAGAGAUGUCACAUUUUUAAGAGAUGUUACACAACAUCUUAACUUUUUAAAUAUGAAUUUACAAAAAGAAAAUCAAAAUAUAUCCCAUUUAGUUGGCCAUAUUAACGAGUUUCGAAAUCAAUUAAAAUUAUUUAUUAUAGAAUUAGGAACAAACGAAUUGUACCGUUUUCCAGCAUGUAAAGAGAUCGCUGAACAAUAUACAGUUGCAUCCUUUGUACUAUGCGCGUCAAUACUAGUAGAGAUUCAGAAACAAUUUGAAACAAGAUUUAAAGAUUUUGAUGUAUUAAACAGAGAUAUGUACAUUUUCAAACUUGAGAAUUUAAGGACGCUGCAACGUCUCUUUAGACUUGGAAAGUCCACCAUUUCCGAAUUUAUUCCGGAAGUAUGUGAAGCUGUUUCUGAGUCACUAAAAGAUUUUAUUAAGGUCCCAAAUGAAAACGAGUGGAAAUGAAUUGAGAAUGGAUUUCGAAAAGAAUGGAACUUCCCUGGAUGUUGUAGAGCAAUUGAUGGAAAGCAUGUAGCUAUUAAAGCACCUGCUGAUUGCGGAAGUUUGUACUACAACUACAAGCAGAGCAAUAGCAUUGUUCUGAUGGCUGUUGCAGACCAUAACUACUGUUUUAAGUAUAUAGAUGUAGGAUGCAAUGGAAGGAUUUCGGAUGGAGGGGUGUUCCGCCACUGUAAUAUGUAUCAGGCAUUAGAAAAUGGCAUGCUACCAAACAAUCAUUUUCUGGUUGGCGACAAUGCUUUCCCAAUGAAGGAAUACUUAUUAAAGCCUUUCCCUGAUUGUCAACUAACUCUAAAGCAACGAGUAUUUAAUUAUCGCCUGUCGCGUGCAAGAAGAGUUGUGAAAAAUGCAUUUGGGAUAUUAGCAAGUAGAUUUCGAAUAUUCGAAAAGCCAAUGUCUUUUUGUCCAGACAAAGUAAGCAUUAUGGUGAAAACAUGCUGUACGUUAUACAAUUGGUUCCGAGUAACUGCACCGCAACACGUAUAUUCUGUCGAUGCUGAAAAUUACGAAUCCGGUGCAUUAAUUGAAUGCAGUUGGAGGUCUUCGUAA